AUGACGAAGGGUACACAAUCGUUUGGUAAACGCAACUGCAAGACUCAUACAUUAUGUCGUCGAUGUGGACGUUCAUCGUACCAUUUACAAAAAAAACAAUGUUCUGCUUGCGGUUAUCCAUCAGCUAAAAUCCGUAAAUUUCAAUGGAGUGAUAAAGCUCGUCGUCGAAAAACAACAGGCACCGGCCGAAUGAAACAUUUGAAGAAAGUCUUUCGUCGAUUUCGAAAUGGUUUCCGUGAAGGUACAUUAGCUAAAUCACGUAAAGCUCAUCGUCAAGCAGCAGGCACAACAACAACCACUGCACCAGCUACAACCGCGAAAUAA